UUGGUGCUGCGCAGUGCGACCGGAAGUGCGGCCCUGCUGUUGUUGCUGCGCAGUGCGACCGGAAGUGCGGCCCCGGCGGGUGUUGGUGCUGCGCGGGGCCCGCUGAGUAUCACACCAGAUCAAAAUGGCUGAUGAUAAUGAAGACCUGCAGGCAGAUGAAGAGCUCCCGGCUCCAGCUGAGGACAGCUUUGAGCAGCUGGAGAAUGACAGCCCUGCGGAGCGCAGCGGGCACGUGGCAGUCACUGAUGGGCGCUGCAUGUACGUCUGGGGAGGAUACAAGAAUGCCCAAGUUAGGGGAUUUUAUGACUUCUAUCUCCCUAGAGAUGAAAUAUGGAUCUACAACAUGGAAACUGGAAGAUGGAAGAAGAGUAAAACAGAGGGAGAUAUUCCACCCUCCAUGUCUGGAAGUUGUGCUGUGUGUGUAGACAGGGUGGUGUAUCUGUUUGGAGGACACCAUGCACGUGGCAACACAAACAAGUUCUACAUGUUAAAUUCCAGAUCCACGGACAAAGUGCUGCAGUGGGUCAGAGUAGAGUGUCAGGGGGUCCCCCCUUCAUCAAAGGACAAACUUGGCGUGUGGGUUUACAAAAACAAGCUAAUCUUUUUUGGAGGCUAUGGUUAUUUUCCUGAAGGGAAACAGCGAGGAACUUUUGAAUUUGAUGAGACCUCUUUUUGGAAUUCAGGGCUUCCUAGAGGGUGGAAUGACCACGUGCAUGUUCUGGACACUGAAACAUUUACCUGGAGCCAGCCUAUAACUACGGGUAAAACUCCAUCACCACGAGCAGCUCAUGCGUGUGCUACAGUGGGGAACAGAGGUUUUGUGUUUGGAGGCAGAUACAGAGAGUCCCGAAUGAACGACCUUUACUACCUGAAUUUGGAUACAUGGGAGUGGAAUGAAAUAAUGGCACAAGGCGUCUGCCCAGUGGGCCGCUCCUGGCAUUCCCUAACACCCAUUUCCUCAGAUCAUCUCUUUCUCUUUGGAGGAUUCACCACUGACAAGCAGCCAUUAAGUGAUGCUUGGAUUUAUUGUAUCAGCAAGAAUGAGUGGGUACAGUUCGAGCAUAACUACUCUGAAAAACCCAGGCUGUGGCACACUGCUUGUGCAAGCGAAGAGGGAGAGGUGAUCGUCUUUGGGGGCUGUGCCAACAACUUGCUGGCCCAUUCUAAAGCUGCUCACAGUAAUGAAAUACUUGUGUUUUCUCUACAACCACGAUCGCUUGUAAGGCUUUGCCUCGAAGCAGUCAUUUGCUUUAAGGAGAUGUUGGCCAGCUCCUGGAAUUGCCUCCCCAAGCACUUGCUGCACAGCGUCAAUCAACGGUUUGGAAGCAACAACACCUCGGGCUCCUGAGCCCUCUGUGCUGACAGCUCUGAGCGGUGCAUGGAUGAUCAAUUCUAAGAUGUAAUAAUUAAUUGUACCACGUGUGGCAGACAUGAAACCUGUAUAGAUGAAGUAGCUGUACUGUAGGUAGUUGCUUCCCGCCUUGAAGUUGCAUGUGAAUGGCCUAGAGAAAACCUAUUUUUGUGUAAAGAUGUUUGCAAUAAAUGUAUUUAAUGCAAGUGGAGGUGGAUGCUGUGCUUCAGCCAAACCUAGUUGUGGGUUUGUCCACCGUGAAGUACUUGUGAGGGCCAACCCUGAGCAAAAUGAGGUGUGGAUACAUGGAAAUAACGCUGUCUGUCCCAGUUGGUGCUGUGGAUGUCAGUGGCUGUGCAGGAGAUAAGAGAGGCCCUGCAGACACAGGAAGGAGAAGUGCUGCUUUAGUUUGUGCUGAAGAGUGCUGUGAUGGGUGAGUCCUGUUUUAGUCUGUGCUGUUAGGGAACUGCUUAACAUACUUUGCUACAAAGGUCAGAAAAAUGGGAUUUGAAAAUUGUACAUGACCCAAAUUGCUAAACUGUUGUAAACCUUCAGCUGUGAAAGCACCACGACUCUCUGCUUGGUUCUAGUCUGGUUUAUGAAACUCUUUUAUGUUGUGGAACUUCAAUUGUGAACCUUAGGUAGCAGAUAUUCUGCCCUGAGCAGUGUAACUGAGUGUGCCUGAGCCAGUUGUCAGCUGUCAGGAACUGCAGAGCUCACCUGCAGCAGAACAGCCUGAGCCACAGGGCAAGCUGUGCUGCUGUUGGGAAUGGGUUACAUCUUGUUUAGUGAAAAAAGUCAAUAAACAACUGACUUCUAGGACAUAACAAUUC